AUGGCUUCCAAGAAAACAAAAGGAAGGCAAAAGGUGGAAAUGAAGAGAAUAGAAAAUCAAGAUGAUAGAUCAAUCACCUUCUCAAAACGUAGAUCUGGGAUCUACAAAAAGGCUAGCGAACUGGCUACUUUAACUAGGGCAGAAAUUGCGAUCGCAGUGUUUUCACCGGCAGGUAAGCCCUUCUCUUUCGGUCAUCCUUCGGUUGAAUCAGUUAUUAAUCGUUUCCUUGAAGAUCCAUUGGACAUGGAUAGCACUCAUCAUCUCGUGGAGGCUCACCGGAGGAUGAGGAUCGAAGAUCUAACCCAAAAACGUAACGAUAUGCAACAUCAUCUGGACGAGAAUAAGGAAAAGGGUCUCAAAUUAAAGAGUAAGAUCAAAGAAAUGGAUAGCAAAGGUUGGUGGGAUACUGCUAUUGACGAGCUUAACAUCCAGGAGCUGAUUGAGUUGGAAAAAAGGUUCAAAGAGUUACAAAUGACCUUAUGCAAUAAAAUCGCUGAGAACACCAGUACUGUUGCUUCUUCUCCACAGGCUCCAGAAAUAGGCCAUUCAUUUGCAUCUACUAUUGUAAAUGAUCAAAAUGAUCCUGGUUUUCCUGAUAAGAAUCAUUAA